AUGGCCAUGGCGGAAACUUCAAACCCCAGUGGUGAGUACCUCAACGCAAGCCUGAACGCAGCAGUUAAAUUGACAUGUACGUGGAAAGAUCGCCAUAGUCGCCGCAAGCCAUUCGCCAGUUGGAUGAAACGUCUAGCCAAUCUAAAACACUCAUCGUCAGAUUCUCCUUCAAGCAGAACAUCCGGAAAACGAGGCAACAAGGGCAAGGGACAAAAUGGGCUCAAGAACAACCCAUACCCACUGUCGGGCACACCUGCACGACCUGGGUCGCCGCAUAGCUAUAAUGACACUAUCUCAUACACCGGGUCGGGUAUGCAGGGCCCCGAGCAAGGGUUAAGUCAGCAGUCUCUCCGCGCCUCCGUUUCCGAGCACAAUAUUCUAGGGAACAGCGCAAAGUCGACUGCUCCCACGCUAUCCACCAACGGCGACACAACACGUUCCGAGACAGGCUACUCGAAAGCUGGCACAAUGGCAACAGGCCAUGGUGGCGUGACAGGAGGAGGAGAGGGGAGCACUUUCUCAUCACCUGCUCCCUCGGUGCGCUCGUUGACUACAACCUUGACAACCGUACAGUCCACCGCACCCUCGACUCAGAUAUAUGGAGCUUACAACAACCAGGCGCACAAUGGAUCAAGCGUCCCGCACGUGAAUUCCUCCCAGAACAACAAUGUCAACCAGCAAGUUCAUUUUUCGCACCAAUUCCCACCCUCGCCUGCGUCUGCUGUGCCGCCGCAUCUGGCGCCCAAUGGCCUCCCAACUACAUACAGUUCGGCAACAGCUAAUAGCCUUCUCACCGAUAAUGCGUCUAUACUCACUCUCGCCUCGUCAUCGAAACGCCGGCGCAGAAACUCCCUCGACACCAAUGCCUCGGUGCGAGCACUUGCGCCGUCGUCUGUUUUCGGUGGCAGUCGCGAGAGUCUACCGCUGAGCGUGCUCAGCGCCAACGUUGGUGAAGCAUCCAACGCCUCAGUCUCAAAUGUCCCCGGUGUACUCGGCCGUCAAAGCCUAGGAGGACUGGCCAACGCAGAGCGAAUAAGCGUCUACUCGGCGUCUGGCACGACUCCACUUAUUGCUGGCGGAGAUCGGGGCAGUCUGAUAGCUAGCAAGCAAGGCGACAACGGCAGUAUCCGCAGUGGCAUACACGGCCAUACACGAAACGAUAGCACCACCGGCAGCACUACAGGAAUCACACCCCCAACAAGCGUACCGCCUACCACCACCACCAGCAGCAGCAACAACACAACCACCACAACCACCCCGGCGGGCUCAACAAAUGCCGCGAUGCCAGGUCGAAUCAGCCGCCGCAGCUCCACAUGGGGCGAGAUCUCUGGCGAGGGCGAAGAAGACGCUUCUGAGCACCAGGGCCCUGCCGACGGAGAUGAUAAGAUUUUGUUUUCCAAGGAAAUCUCAUCCCUAGAGGGGAAAGAAAAUGAAAAAGGACCAGAGACCUUGGCUGGAUUCGUGUGA